AGCGCCGGAAGCGUGUCCGUGUAGAAACACUGACCUGAGGGACAGGAAGUGUUCCUGGGCGGAAGUUUCCGGGGGAAGGUUUAGCUCCCAGGACACUUCCUGGUUCCUAGUAACAAUAGGAAGUGUCCGCGGAACUGGGGUAGACUCUUGGCGUAUACCAGCUGUGCCCUGUUACCUCUAUCUCCUCCUUUCUGUCCCCUCUUUCCCUCAUCUACCACUCCCGGGAACCCCUGGCUGAGUGUACGUGGGUAUGAGCUCGAGAACACUUGCACCAGCAACCACUUAGGGCUCGCGGCUGCAGUUAGGGUGAGGGUCCCAGUGCGCAGGCGCGCUCCCGUUCACGACCUCCAACGGACGCGCCGGCGGCGGGAACCAGAAGGCACUCCUGGUGCGAGGCCUUGGCUCCUUCUGCAGAGAAAGAUGCUGCUGCCACCUGUCUGUUCCUUCUGAACCUCCAAGUUUUUCUACCACAUCGCCCCAUGGAGGACAUGCCCCUUUCAUUUGGUUGCUCUGACUGUCAGAGACAGUUUCCUAACCUCCCGGAGCUGUCGCGGCAUCGAGAACUACUCCACUCAUCUGCUAACCAGGACGGUGAGAAAGUUGAUGGUGUCUCUCACCCCUGCCGCAGUCAGCAGUGUGAGCGUGGCUACCGUCACCCAGGGAGCUUGGCCAACCCCCAGCAGAACCACGGGAUUGGUCUUUUUCCCUGUACUACCUGUGACAAGGAUUUUGCUAAUCCCUUGGCCCUCCAGAGCCACAUAAGGACUCAUGCUCCUGAGGGCCACCAAAGGCAUGGGCCCCCACACGCCAAGGAAACCUCUCCACAUCAGAGCGAGCCAGUGUGCACUGACUCUUGGGGUCAAAGGCUUGGUUCUGGGGAAGGCUGGGAAAAUCAGACAAAGCAUGUACAAAAGACACAUGGUUGUGAAUCUGGAGCUGAUCCCAGGGCAGCUGCAGAUACUUGGGAAGAUCCACCUAGAAAACGAAGAGAGAGCUUAGAAAUCCAGCCAGAUCCUAAAGCAAGCGCAGAAGACUGGGUACCCGCCACCAGUUCUGAUGGAGCGCCACCACUCCCUACUCCAGCGAGCAGCCUCCUUAGCAAUUUGGAGCAGUAUUUGGCUGAAUCGGUAGUGAACUUCACGGAGCCCCAGGAGUCCACUGAGCUGCUUCCUGCUGAGGCGGAGCGAAAAUACAAGUGCAAUCAAUGCGGAAAGACCUAUAAGCAUGCCGGGAGCCUUACCAACCACCGGCAGAGCCACACUGUUGGCAUCUACCCUUGUGCCAUCUGUUUUAAGGAGUUCUCUAACCUCAUGGCUCUGAAGAACCACUCACGACUCCACGCCCAAUACCGGCCUUACCACUGUCCCCACUGUCCCCGUGCCUUCCGGCUCCCUCGGGACCUGCUGGAACAUCAGCAAUCCCAUGAGGGGCUAAAGCAGGAACAGCCAUGUGGCGAGAAAGAAAUGCCUACCACAAACGGACACGCAGAGGAAAGGGGCUGCGAUCAGCCACCUAAAACAGAGAUGCUCAAUGGCUCUGGGGAGCUCGGCACUUCUGGGCAGCUGGAGGAUGGUGGCCCAGAGGAGUAUCGACCUUUCUGCUGUGGGGACUGUGGCCGUACUUACCGUCAUGCAGGUAGUCUCAUCAACCAUCGAAAGAGCCACCAAACAGGUAUUUACCCCUGUUCCAUUUGUUCCAAGCAGCUCUUUAAUGCAGCCGCUCUAAAAAACCAUGUGCGUGCUCAUCAUAGACCCCGGCCAGGAGCUGGGGAAGAUGGUCAGUCAUCGGUAUCCUCAGGAAGGACGUUGGCUGAGGCUACCCCAAAAGAGGAAGAGGUCCCCACUGCCAACCUGGACCAUCGUCCCUAUAAGUGUAGUGAGUGUGGCCGGGCCUACCGCCACAGGGGAAGCCUGGUGAACCACCGCCACAGCCAUCAGACAGGGGAGUACCAGUGCUCGCUCUGUCCUCGAAAAUACCCCAACCUUAUGGCUCUGCGCAACCAUGUGCGGGUACAUUGCAAGGCCACACGCCGAAGUACAGACCCUGGGACUGAAGAUUCGCCUAGCCCCGUCAAGAAGGAGCAGCCUGACCCAGCGGGAGCAGAAGCCGCAUUUCACACAGAUCAGGAGCACACGUGCCAGCGAGAAGAGGCCACCAAUACCCUCUCAACAGCAAACAGGACGAUGCCACACAGGUGUAGCAUUUGUGGGAUGUUCUUUGAAGAUCUCAAGAGUCUCGAACGUCAUAACAUGACCCACAGGGCAGGGGAAGGGGACAAGAGCAGGACAGGCAGCACAGCAUCUCCGCCAAGAGCAUUUGCAUGCCGAGACUGUGGGAAGAGCUAUCGCCACUCCGGCAGCCUUAUUAACCACAGGCAGACCCACCAGACAGGAGACUUCAGCUGUGGGGCCUGUGCCAAGCAUUUCCAUACCAUGGCUGCUAUGAAGAGCCAUUUACGACGUCACAGUCGGCAGUGGAGCAGGAGGCAUCAGAAACGAGAUAGUAGUGCUGGGGAAGAAGAAGCCAAACUCCCACCUGUGGGUACCUGGACCCUGAAGUUGGAAAACCAUGAGGACCUGGAUUGUUCCCAAGACCCUUUGGGAGAAAGUCCUUGUGGUACUGAAGACGACCUGGAAAGGGCUGGAGACUGUUUGCAGGCUGGAUCUAAAGGCAACAAAUGUGAGCUUAAAAAGGAUGAAGCCUGUUUCCUGGGUGAUAAAGAGGGCACAGGCACUGAGGAAGGAUUAGAAAAGAAAGAGGCCUGUUUCCUCCACAACUUGAAUAUCCCAGGUGACGAGGAAAGCAGUGAAACUGGCUUUUGUGAUAGCCUCCCUGGGUUGGACAGUGACCAGAAGCCUGGUAUUUGCCAGUCGGACUCCUCCCAUCCUGCUGACGCUGACGCUGUCUGGAAGGCUGGAGUCAUUCACACAUGUUCUGAUUGCGGGGAUUCUUUUCCCAGUGCUGCCGGCCCAUUGAGCCAUAGGUCCUGCCACCCUCCAGGCAUCUAUCAAUGCUCUCUGUGUCCAAAAGAGUUUGAUUCUUUGCCUGCCCUUCGUAGUCAUUUCCAGAAUCACAGGCCAGGGGAGGUAGCCUCAGCACAGCCUUUUCUCUGCUGCCUGUGUGGUAUGAUCUUUCCUGGGAGGACCGGGUACAGGCGUCAUCUGCGCCAGGCUCAUGGCUCUUCUAGCAUAACUGAGGGCUCAGAAGAAGAAGAGGAAGGCACCUCGGAAGCAGCCUCUACCCGCAGUCCCCCCCUGCAGCUCUCAGAAGCAGAGCUGCUGAAUCAGCUGCAGCGUGAGGUGGAAGCUCUUGAUGGAGCAGGUUAUGGGCACAUUUGUGGUUGCUGUGGCCAGACCUAUGAUGACCUUGGGAGCCUGGAGCGUCACCACCAAAGUCAAAGUUCCAGCAAUAGGACAGAGAAUGUUCCUAGCCACUUAGAAGGAUCAGGUGAUGCAAUAGAAAUGGUUGCAGAUGAUGUCUUUGAGGGCACAGUGAUCUCCUUCUCAGAAGAAGGUGGGGACACAAAGUCUGAAGAGGGAGUAGGUGGCACAGUAGCAGACAGUCUUUGCAUUCAAAGUGGUGAAAACUCUCUGGAGUCCCACCCCCGCCCUUUCCAGUGUAAUCAGUGUGGGAAGACCUAUCGCCAUGGAGGAAGCCUGGUGAACCACCGAAAGAUCCAUCAGACAGGUGACUUCAUCUGCCCUGUCUGUUCCCGCUGCUACCCCAACCUAGCUGCCUACCGGAAUCAUCUGCGGAACCACCCUCGAUGCAAAGGCUCAGAGCCCCAGGUGGGACCCAUCUCAGGAGGCCACAGUGACUCCCAGAAGGUGGCAGAGGCAGAGCGGGAGCAGGCCUUCGUGGGGCAGCUCCAGGAAGAACUUAAGGUGGAACCCUCGGAGGAUCUGGCAAGGGAGAAGGAAGAAGUGUGGGAAGAGAGCACUGUGAAGGAGGAGGAAGCGGAGCAGAGGCUGGAGACGGGCAGUCAGACUGACGUCAGUUCUGAGCGCCCCUUUAGCUGUGAAGUGUGUGGCCGCACCUACAAGCAUGCCGGCAGCCUCAUCAAUCACCGGCAGAGCCACCAGACUGGCCACUUUGGCUGCCAGGCCUGCUCCAAAGGCUUUUCGAAUCUCAUGUCACUUAAGAACCACCGGCGCAUCCACGCAGACCCUCGGCAUUUUUGCUGCAGUGAAUGUGGAAAAGCCUUUCGCCUGCGGAAGCAGCUGGCCAACCACCAGCGGGUCCAUACUGAGCCACGUAGGGGUAAGGAGACCCAGAAAUUGCUUCGUGAGGAUUGGCCUUUCAGGUGUGGGCAGUGUGGCCAGACCUACCGCCAUGGUGGCAGCCUCCUGAACCACCAGUGCAACCAUGAGACAGGCCGUUACAGCUGCCCCUUCUGUUUUAAGACUUUUUCUAGUCGCACGGCCCUGAAAGACCAUCAGAGGCUGCAUUCUGACAGCCAACGGCGGAAAGCAGGAUGGCCCCAAAGGGCAGCAGCUGUACGUUGUGCCCUUUGUGGCCGUGGCUUUCCUGGGCAGGGAUCUUUAGAGCGGCAUCUGCAGGAGCAUGAGGAGACCAAACUAGAGCUGGCCAGUGGCCAGGGAGGCCAGCAUGGUACCGAAGGCAGUAAGGGGAACCUUGAUAGUGACUGGGAACUGCAGGGCAGCUCAGAUGGCAUUCAGUCAGUUCUGCCACUGGAGCGUGGAAGCAAGAGGCCGAGGGAACACAGUCAGAGUCCCAGUGGGCCGGCAGGUCCAGAAGUCACAGAAUCUUUAUCUUGGGAGGUGGGAAAGGUAGAUGGGUGUCAAGGAGACAGGGGACAGACGAGUCACAAUGGUGCCUGGGCUCUUGAGGAUCAGUUAACUAAGCCAGAAGGCAAGUUGGAAGUUGCUGUCUCCAGGAAUCCUCGUGACCCCUGUGAGAGCCAAUCCAAUGGUCCUGCUGUAAGUUCUAUGGAUAGCUGGGAUGAUAGAGACAGCAGCUCUCGGCUCCAACCAGAGAGCCACCCCUAUUGCAGCCAGUGUGGCAAGACUUACUGCCAGCCUGAUGGCCUCUUGAACCCCAGCAGUAACAGGAAAGACGGUCACAGUUGUUGGCCGUGUUCCAAAAAGUUCUUGAAUCCUGUGAGCCCUAAGAUCCACAACCACGUUACUGCCCAGCCCUUUGGUUGCAGUAACUGUAGCAAAGUGUGUGAGGCCCAUAGUGAACUGGCCACACACAUGCAGACUCACCACAUGAUCGAGCACAGUCAGGUGCCAGGUCAGACAGAGGAGACCAGAGAUCCACAAGCGGGCAUGGUAGAGGUGGAUCUCCCUGGUCCAGGGAAAGCUCAGGAGGCCCCAUCAGAACCUCCUAGAGACCCAGAAGAGAAUGGGAAGCCAGCUAAUGGAGGACAAGGAAUAAAUUUCAUAGCAGCUGAAGACAAGGAACGUCCAUUUUGCUGUGCCCAGUGUGGACGUUCCUACCGCCACGCUGGUAGCCUGCUGAAUCACCAGAAGGCCCACACCACUGGACUCUACCCUUGUUCCCUGUGUCCCAAACUUCUGCCCAACCUGCUGUCUCUCAAGAACCACAGCAGGACCCACACGGACCCUAAGCGCUAUAGCUGCAGCAUCUGUGGCAAGGCUUUCCGAACCGCUGCCCGGCUUCAGGGCCACGAACGGGUCCAUGCACCCCAGGAGGGCCCAUUCACCUGUUCUCACUGUCCUCGCCACUUCCGCCACCGAAUCAGCUUUCUGCGGCACCAGCAGCAGCACCAGGAGGAGUGGACAGUGUCUAGCUCAGGAGUUUCAGUGGCAUCAGCGGCAAGCAGAGGGGACUCAAGUACAGCCUCACUCCUGAACCCUUCACCCCAGUGGCCUGCAGACCUCAACUUCUCCCUCUGAACUUCGUCUCCAGAGAACAGCUCACUGAAGUUGGAGUACAGGCAGGGCAGGGAGAGGCUUGGAUCUCCACAUUUCUCUCAGGAGUUGCUUGGGCAUCCCCAUCUCCUCUGCCCACAAAGACAACCCUGAUCUGGUUUCUUUCUCGAGAAGGGCAUCAGGUAGUCUUCAUGUCUGCCCAUGAAGGAUCUCCUCCCAAGCCUGUGUCACCAUGUUCUUCAGGGCCAGGCUCUGCCAAAAUACUGGGAUGGCCAGAUUCUAAGCCAGGGAGAGGCAGAUUGAGAGUACCACAGGUGGGAAAGUUGCCUGUGGGAGGGGAGCCUUUUACUAUAGUUUGUAACUUAUUUUCUAAAAUCUAUUUUGUAACAAUUUAUUUAAGUUUUAAAAAAGGAAAAUUGCUCCCCAAACCCCACCCUCCAAAAAACAACUUUUUUUUUCACAACA